UCUGUGAGCACGUGGCUGAUGACAGGAAGUGCGCGGAGUUUGAAAGCAGGUUGUUUGAGAAGCAUCUUCAGACGCGCUGAUGGAUGAUGAGGAGGAAACUUAUCGAUUAUGGAAAAUCCGCAAAACCAUUAUGCAGCUCUGUCACGAUCGAGGAUAUCUGGUGACCCAAGAUGAGCUGGACCAGACCUUGGAGGAGUUCAAAGGUCAGUUUGGUGACCGGCCCAGCGAGGGUCGACCCAGACGGACAGACCUCACUGUGCUGGUGGCCCACAAUGAUGACCCCACCGACCAGAUGUUUGUGUUCUUUCCAGAGGAGAUGAAAGUGGGCAUCAAGACCAUUAAGAUGUACUGCCAGCGGAUGCAGGAAGAAAACAUCACUCGGGCCAUUAUCGUAGUCCAGACGGGCAUGACACCCUCUGCUAAACAGUCUUUGGUUGAUAUGGCACCAAAAUACAUCUUGGAACAGUUUCUACAGCAAGAGCUGCUCAUAAACAUCACUGAGCACGAGUUGGUCCCUGAACACAUCGUCAUGACGAGAGAGGAAGUGACAGAGCUGCUGGCCAGAUAUAAGCUCAAGGAGACACAGUUACCCAGAAUUCAGUCUAGUGAUCCUGUGGCACGGUAUUUCGGGCUGAAACGAGGGCAGGUGGUGAAGAUCAUCCGGCCCAGUGAAACGGCUGGACGCUACAUCACAUACAGACUCGUACAGUGA